ACAUGCACGAGCGAGCGGCUGUAGUGUAUUAUUCUAGUACACAAUGGAAAAAUAGUGUUUACAAUGUAAUACAACUAUGGCUCACUGUACCGUUUUCACCUACACUAACGAGGACUUUAUACGCGAUGUUUGUUGCGGACAGCAAAGCAUAUCGAGGUUUGACGUGGCGCUGCGGUGCGGAUGGACAGAGAAGAGAAACGCCGGUCUGUUCCGGUAUCAUCUGGAUGAGCUGGAGACCCGGAUCCUCCCCGGUCCGAGUGCCUACAUCGCUCAGCUGAACAUCAUGAGAGGCAUCGAGAGACGAAAACCUCAGGAGAUCCUGAGCGUCCGGCAGAACUUUGACCCGCGCCAGUUCAAUUUCAACAAGAUCAACCCCAAAGAGCUGCUGUUCGAGCUACAGAAAGAGUGUGAAAGCCCGUGUGACGCUAGAUGCCAUCAAAAUAGUUCAAAAAGGAAGUGCAAAGUCAUUAUAAACGUAAGUCCGUUGGAAUUCGGUCACUGUCUGCUUGUUCCAGAACCGGACAGGUGUCACCCACAGAUCCUGACACCUCUGGCGGUCCAGAUGGGUAUAGAAGCGGUCCUCCUGAGCGCUGAUCCGGGAUUCAGGGUUGGUUUUAACAGCCUGGGUGGUUUUGCUUCAGUCAACCAUCUUCAUCUUCACUGCUACUACCUAAAUCACCAGCUGAGGGUGGAAACCUCCCCGGCUGAACCGAUCCUGCUGAAGAAAAACGUGUAUGGCCUUCUGGACUUCCCAGGAGGUUUUCUGUUCUAUACUCAGGGUCCAGACCUGGAUUUGACAGUCAAUGCAGUUUGUAGUCUCACUGAUAUUAUGGUUGAUAGGAACAUCGCACACAACCUCUUCAUCACCCGAGGUUGCCCCCCACGGAGGGAGCGUGACCCAUCUGUGUCCCGGAAUGGGGUGAGGGUUAUCGUAUGGCCUCGGCUGUCCUGUUUUGGAGCCAAAGAAGAGGCGGCCUUCAACGUUGCCCUGUGUGAACUCGCCGGACAUCUUCCUUUCAAAAACAGAGAAGACUAUGAGACAGUCACUGAAGAAGGAGUACAAGAAAUCGUCCGGAAAUAUCUGCUGCCCCAAGAAGAGUUCAAGGCAUUACAAAAGCAUGUCAUGAAAUGUUUAUAAAUGACACUUUCGGGCACAGAUCAAAAUAUCCUGUCUGAAAAUAAGGGUUUCAAAAUACCUAAUGAAUGUUGAUGUAUUAGAAAUGAAGUGCUGCUUAGAUCAACCAUUCAUACUGUAUUACAUACAGUGUAUCAUGUAGAUAAAUAAAAUGUUAUAACAGUUUUUAUUUCAUG